GACCUCCGGUCCCGCGCCGCCCGGCUCGCCGCCGCACCACUUCCACCCGGGCCGCCGGAAACGCGACAACAAGGCCAGCACCUACGGCCUCAACUACCUGCUGUCCGGCAGCCGCGGCGAAGCGGGCCCCGGGACCCCGGCGCCACGGCCCGGCACGCCCUGGAAGAGCCGCGCGUACGGCCCGGGUAUCCAGGGACUCCAUGAGGAAAUAAUCGACUUCUAUAACUUCAUGUCCCCCUGUCCUGAGGAAGCCGCUAUGCGGGGAGAGGUGGUGAAACGCAUCGAAACCGUCAUCAAAGACCUCUGGCCGACGGCCGAUGUGCAGAUCUUUGGCAGCUUCAGCACAGGUCUCUAUCUCCCAACCAGUGACAUCGAUCUAGUGGUCUUUGGAAAGUGGGAGCGGCCGCCUCUGCAGCUGCUGGAGCAAGCCCUGCGGAAGCACAGCGUGGCCGAGCCGUGCUCCAUCAAAGUGCUGGACAAGGCGACAGUUCCGAUCAUUAAACUCACCGACCAGGAGACAGAAGUGAAAGUCGACAUCAGUUUUAACGUGGAGACCGGCGUCCGGGCAGCGGAGCUCAUUAAGAGCUAUAUGAAGAAGUACUCGUUGCUGCCUUACUUGAUUUUAGUGCUGAAGCAGUUCCUCCUGCAGAGGGACUUGAACGAGGUGUUCACAGGUGGAAUUAGCUCCUACAGCCUCAUUUUAAUGGCCAUCAGCUUCCUGCAGUUGCAUCCGCGAAUUGACGCCCGGCGAGCGGACGAAAACCUCGGGAUGCUCCUGGUAGAGUUUUUUGAACUGUAUGGGAGAAAUUUUAAUUACUUGAAAACUGGUAUUAGAAUAAAAGAAGGAGGUGCCUACAUCGCCAAAGAAGAGAUCAUGAAAACCAUGCCCAGCGGGUACAGACCAUCGAUGCUGUGCAUAGAGGACCCCCUGCUGCCUGGAAACGACGUUGGCCGGAGCUCGUACGGGGCUAUGCAGGUGAAGCAGGUGUUCGACUACGCCUACAUCGUACUGAGCCACGCCGUGUCACCGCUUGCGAGGUCCUAUCCCAACAGAGACUCGGAGAGCACGUUAGGACGGAUCAUCAAGGUCACGCAGGAGGUCAUCGACUACCGGCGGUGGAUCAAGGAGAAGUGGGGCGGCAGGGUCAGCCCGUCACCCGAGCUCGACAGCAGAAUGAAGGUGAAAUCAGAGCGGAUCACCGUGUGCAACGGGGAGCAGACCCAGAGCCAAGACCCAGGUUCACCGUACAGCCAUCGCCUGACCCUGUCCCUGUCCAGCCCCCAGCUCCUGUCCUCGGGGUCAUCUGCCUCCUCUGUGUCUUCACUGUCUGGGAGUGACAUCGACUCGGACACGCCACCAUGCACAGCGCCUAGCGUUUACCAGUUUAGCCUCCAGGCACCCACGCCGCUCAUGGCCGCUCUGCCCACGGCAUUGCCAAUGCCUGGUGGCAAACCCCAGUCCACGGCUUCUCGAACGUUGAUCAUGACGACCAACAACCAGACCAGGUUUGCGGUACCUCCUCCCACCCUUGGGGUGGCCCCUGUCCCCUGCAGACAGGUCAGCCUGGAAGGCGCUCCGUCCCUGAAAGCGGUCCACCACAUGUCUUCCCCGGCCGUGCCCUCCGCCGCCCCCCACCCGCUGUCCAGCCCUCACCUGUAUCAUAAGCAGCACAGUGGCAUGAAGCUGUCGGUGAAAGGCUCACACAGCCACAGCCCAGGUGGCGGCCACAGCUCCGUGGGCAGUGGAGGCGUACGGCCACCCGUGGGGAACCGGGGCCACCACCAGUACAACCGUACCGGCUGGAGGAGGAAAAAGCACACGCAUACGCGGGACAGCCUGCCCGUCAGCCUCAGCAGAUAAUGGUGCCUUGGCACCGCCGCCGCCUGCCCAGACUGACUGCGGCCUCGGGCCGUGGUGGCCGUGACGGAGACUCGCAGCGUCCGCACAUCAGCCACGGGGCCCCCGCGCCUGCGCCGCCCUCUGCAUGUCCUCGUGGGGUGGCCGCGUCCAUCCUCCAGAACAGCGCGUUGUGCCCGUCUGUGCAACGUGGCGCUGUCCUCACCUUGCAGUGCUGCUGGGACUCCGGCCCGCGGGGACAGUGUGCGCGUGUGCGCGCGCAUGUGCACGCGCGUGCAGAGCCCUGUCGACUCCUUUGCGGUUUGGGGUUUGUUUUCCGUUUGUCAGAGGAGCCCCCGGCGUCUCUCUGCGCGGCGGAUGGGGUCGGGGUUGCCAUUGUUUUAGUGCCCUAGUGUUUUGUUUGGAAUCCCAGAACUGUUUUUCUAUGUAAAUAUCGCAAACUUAUGAUUUGUGCAAUAACUCAGAUAUUUUUUAUUUAAUUUCCUAUUUUCACGUAAGUUCUAUUUAAGGGAGGAGGGUUUUUAAAUCAGCCUACAUCCUUUCCCCGGUUGCAUUUUCUAAGUUGGGUUCAUUGUGUUGCUGGUUGUCUGAGGGGCAUCAUUACAAAGACCACAGGGGGUUGGGGUUCAUUUUGACGUCUUUCCUUUCGGUUGGAUGCGCAGCCUCAGCGCGUGGGAGGGGGUGACGAGCCGUGCCGACUGGACACCAGGACGGCUGUGCCUGGACAGACAGCCCGCCGCCCUGCCUGCUGCCCGGCCUGCAGUCCUGCUCAACCACUGAGUUUUAAAGUGUCUGGUUUUUGAUUUUUUUUGAAUAGACGACAAACCCAGCAUUUAAAGUGCCAGAAGUAUAACUUUCUAAGGGAGGACGGGCUGUCACGGUGUAAAAUCUAUACAAAAUGUGAACUUCGAAAUGCUUCAGCCUGUCCUAGUCACACAAGCUGUAAUGAUGGGUCUGGUGAGUAUCAUUAUGGAAAACGGUGCCCAGUUUUAGGAAUGUGGAGAAAGGGAUUAUGUUGAUUCCGUGGAGGAAUCUGUAUAGCAGUGUGUAUUCGUUCUGCUAAGAGCAACUAUGGGGAGGACUUCGCGGCUCCAUGCGCCGUGGGGGAGCGUCCUAGAGGCGCUGUCGGGCGGCUGGCCUGGCUUCCGAUGCAUACAGGUAUACUAUGCAAGUGUAUUCUGCCACGACACUCACUGUCCUGUGACCUUGUUUUGAACAAGCAUAUCUCCAUCCUGCCUAACCUGAGUUUCCGGAGCGCCACAGUUGUCCUGGGGGUCGGCCGCAUCUCACAGGUCCUCGGCCCCCCGUUGUAGGAUGAGGGGCCUAGACCCUGCUAACACCACAGGUAGGUCGGGGUUUGAAGUCCAUAGUGGAGAGCGCUGAGAGAUGGCCGUGCCACCUAGCUGAUGUGUGGAGUGAGUGGGCGUGCAGAGUUGCUGUCCACGGUGGUGGGCACCUGUGAGGCCGAGUGCUGGGCCUGCCCUCCCCUGCCGUCCUCCCAGAGGCCUUGGCAGUGGGGCAGCACGUUCCCUCCGUGGUCCUUGGCGAUCGGAGGUUACCCAAUGUAUUUAAAGUAUUUAAAUUGUGACCCUAGCGAUACAGAAGUAUUUAUAAACACGGACUCGUAGGCCUGUUCUAAUGUACUCACGAGCAAUAUUGGCUAGCCCGCGCCGAGGAGACGGCUGCACAGGCCCUUGCUGGCAGCGGUGGCCACGGUACGCACCCUAAGUGUGCUUCCGAGGGCAGGGUCAGGCUCCGUUCCAGUCGUGGGGGCCCGAUGAAUUGGCCUGGGGCUACCGCUGUGGUCACGUCCGCAGGCGUAGCGAAAAGAUACCAUGUUUCGAUUUUUUUGUGUGUGGACAACAAUGUGGAAGCUAAAAUUGACAUAUUUUUAUGUAAAGUUUUUCUAUUCUUUGAUUUUUAAUAAACUUUAGAAAUCAGUCUCGGGUUUGUGUUUGAAUGGAUGCGUUCCUUCCAAGGGGAAAGGUGGUUUCUACAUUUUACUAUUUUUAGAUAGUCCAUUUUAGGAUAAUACUUUGGCCAGUGACCCGGUCUAAAUAGAAUUCAAAAAGGUAGGUGCCAUUUGGGAGAAGCAAUACGUAUUUACUGUGUCAUUGGGUUGAGGUGCCAGGCUUUGGACAGGACUGUACGAGAGAAACACGUAGGUCACGUUCUGACGCUGGGGGAGAUUCCCGGAAACUCGUACAUGGGCCUGUUCGCCUGCCGCUUCUGACGAGCUAACUGAUACAAUGUUACUAUGUACUUGACUUCCCAAUGAAACAUUUUUUUCUGUCUCUUUUAGGUCAACGUCAUAUCGUUUUAAAAUACUGCACAGCUACAGUGUAGCUUGAAAUGUAGCAGGUUUAGAAGGCUGAGAGUUUAAGAUUCCACGUGGCAGGUGACAGGCCCCGUCUGGCUGACACAGGCC